GUGAAAGGCGGCCUGCUGUUGUGCACUGGGGACAUGGAGCACUUGGAUAAGUACAUGCAGGACAAGCCGUUUGUGCUGCAGCUGGCGGUGUGGGGCCUGAGAGGGGUGGCCAGAGUGAUCCUAGCCAACAACCCGCUGAGUGGUGCUCUCAUCCUGGCCGCACUGUGCUGGGCUUCCCCCUGGCAAUGCCUGCUGGGAACUCUGGGUGUACUGGCCUCUACGCUAACAGCUGUCAUCACAGGGCAAGACAGUGCUGAGGUGUCAGGAGGUCUCCAUGGUUUUAACGGCAUGCUGGUGUCUCUGCUGAUAGGAGUGUUCAGCUCUGCAGGAGACUGGUACUGGUGGCUGCUGCUGCCUGUCUGCUUGGGGUCAGCUCUAUGUGUCUUUCUGUUCAGUGGUCUCUCUCCGGUGUUGGACCGCUGGGACUUGCCUGUCGCAGUAUUUCCCUUCAACAUCCUCAUUGUCCUCUACCUCCUUUGUACCGGCCCAGACAACCCUUACUUCCCACACCACCUGACUUUGCCUCCGGGGCUGCCGGAGCACAAUGGCACCGAGCUCAUCGCAGUAGAGGUAACGCGAGGCAUCCUUCUAGGUGUGGGUCAGAUCUUGGCCUGCGGAGCUUUGGGGCCCUCGAUCCUCAUCCUGGGUGCUGUUCUGCUUUACUCUCCCCUGCUGGCCGCCCAUGCUCUGCUGGGAUCAGCAGUGGGAACGUUGGCUGGUUUAUCCAUGGCGGUGCGUCAUGAAUCUCUGUACUCCGGCCUGUCGGGGCUUAAUGGAGCACUGGGCUGCAUGGCUGUUGGAGGACUCUUCUUCACCUUCAGCUGGAGGACCCAUCUCUUUGCUAUCGCCAGCGCCUUCCUCUCUGCAUAUGCUGACAUCGCUCUGAGCAAUCUGCUGGGAACUGUUGGUCUCCCAGCAUGCAGUUGGGCAGCCACUCUGACUAUCACACUGAUGUUGCUGAUGACCGGCAGCUUAGCAUCAUACCGCAUCCCUACUGGUCAAGUCAUGGCCCCUGAAUACAACCUAUGCUCCCGCAGCGAAUGGGAAGCCGGGAACGCUGCAGACCGGGAGAGCACUGAUGUGUAACGC